AUUCCUCUUCUUAAUUUUGGCACCAACUUUUGUACCAAACUAUUUCAAAGUUGGGAGUCGGGGCGAUCCAUUUACGUCAAAUCCAACAGGAGAGCGCACGUCUUCGGCUUUAGCACGCCUACUCCCACUUUAUCUUCAUGGUUGGAUAGCGCAUUCAAUAUUCCAUUAUUCCCUUUCCUUUUUUAAAAGCCUUUCUGAAGUCUGAACUACAUACCUAUCACCACAGUACGGCGCGCGAAGGUACUCAGCUUUUUGGUCUCCCCAAUUCUCUUUUCCACUCUCUCUAGAAUCUUCGUUCUGGUGCGAGUGGCGAAGAUAGAGUCAUCGGAUCGGAAGAGAAAGAAAGCUUCUUUGAUCUCAUCAUCGACGGCAGAUCGAACGGAGAAGAAGAGCAAAAUGUCAUCUUCCGAUAAAGUUAGGGCUUCGCACAUACUCGUCAAGCACCAAGGCUCCCGGAGGACCGCUUCCUGGAAGGAUCCGCAGGGUGACGUCAUAAAGGCCACCACCCGCGACAGCGCCGUCGCUCAGCUCAAGGCCAUCCGCGACGACAUCGUCUCUGGCAAGGCCAAGUUCGCCGACGUCGCCUCUGGCCACUCCGACUGCAGCUCCGCCAAGCGCGGCGGCGAUCUAGGGUAUUUUGGGCGCGGCCAGAUGCAGAAGCCUUUUGAAGAAGCAACAUAUGGUCUUAAAGUUGGGGAGAUGAGCGACAUCGUGGAUACUGAUAGUGGAUCCCACAUAAUUAUGAGAACUGGUUAGUCACACGAAAAUUGGGGGCGACGAAAAGAUUUGUUCAAUGUUGACGUUACCAUUUUUACACUCAUUUGACACUUUCAGAUUCUAUCUCCCACUAUAUAAUUAUUAUAUAUGCUUUUGGGAACCAUGCUCCAGGAACAUUAUUUAUUUGGUUCUGGAAAAAAAACUGAUUUAGUUGUGGAUUGUGAAUGUUUGGCCAAAAUAAAAGGUUGGAGCUUUUGGUUC